AUGCUGGGCACCCAGGUGGACGAGCUCGAGAUCGACCCUAUGACCCUAAACCUCAUCAUCCUAGUCACCAGCUACGUCAUCCUCCUGCUGGUCUUCCUCAUCUCCUGCAUCAUGUACGACUGCCAAGGAAAAGAUCCCAGCAAAGAGUACGCUCCGGCCCCGCUGCCCGGUGCCAACCGGGCACCCAUCCGCCUGGUGGUCAUACAGAAUUCGCCCACUUGCCAGGAAAGCACCAGAGACGUCGCAGCAUCCAAAUCGAUCGGUGGCGAGACGAGGGAGAAGAAGACCACCGUGGUGUAG